AUGGGUGAUCUCAAUCUUCCUCGUCCAUCUGACUGUGACCUUUUCAAAGACCACGAGACUUUGGCUCCUUCGCUCCAGAAAGAUCUCCAAAUGCUUCACAGUCGAAAUUUGAGAGAGCUCAACAGGCCAUUGAAGUCUUUAGAUGUGGCAUAUGACCAAUUCAAAGUCAAGGAGCUACACAGCUGGAGACUAGCACGCCAGAAGCCCCCUCCUCGAGAUGCACUAGUCCGUGCCUCUGGAUCAUUGGAUGCUCCUCUAGCGCAUCAUCUUUCGCAACCAUCCCACACAACUUUAUCCCCGCAAGAUGACAGUGAAACGGCCGACCCAACUAACGGUUGUAUCGCUAUGUUGACUGGCAACCUUUACACCCCGAGCACUUUAGUAUUCGACCAUCUCCAUCGACGUUCCGAGGAUUCUGAGGGUCUUAAAACUCUCCCAGAACCUGUUCUAGAUUGCCAUGAGGAUCAUACGAGGGACAUCUCUGAAUCAAUGUUAGCAAAAGUCGAGUUGCUGCAUGGCCGCAAAGUUCACAACAGAAUCUUAAGCAGUAGGGGCAACGUCAACAAAUUCACGGCUCUCCCACUCUGGGGUCCUCUCGAAGGCGUCACUUUAUUUUUGGCACAUGAAUCAAACUACCGCAAUGCCGACUUGAGAUACAGAUUUCGAAGGAUCUGCCUGCUUGUUUUACAUCCACAGAGACUCUUCUACGAACCAAAAGAUUCAGCAAUCACUCUUUUGCAUGACAAGAUUCAUAUUGCAGCCUCGAAAAUGACAGGUAUGCCCGUCAGAGAGUUCUAUUUUCGCCGAAAGGAGUGGAAUAGACUGGUAAAUAACCCAUUCCACGCAAUGGUCAUCAAGGAAUUAGGUUCUGUUUUAAAUGCUUUGUAUCGCUCCGAAUCUGAGACGGAUGUCGAACAGAUGACCAACAGCGAAUGCAAAACUGAAAGGGUAGACCAUCGAAUGGAUGAAGCGACGCAAAAGCCAGUGCAUUCGACCGGAUCUACGAUUUUGGAAACAUGCUUGCAGAUCGAGCCUGCUGACUCUGGUCUCCCUUUCGAGGUAGAAUGCAGCUGCAUCAUUUGCAAUAACUCCAUCAAAGCUGGUCCAAGGCAAAUCCUAGUCGAUAGCAAUCCACGCUGGACGCUGCAUAUGAAUCGUCCUCUCUAUGUUGAGCGCGUGAGGUUCUGUCGCACGUGUUUUGCGCAAAAGUUCCAACAAUUUGACAGCAACAUCAAAGCCAUGCUUCUGGACAGAUUGCCCCCAUCCUCAAAGCUUCCAAGGAAUACACGACGAAAUCCCUCAGACUCGGCAGUACCGUAUGAGGCUCAAAGCAGUACGAAUCAAAAUUGUAGGAACAAGAGGUUCCGUGUACCUCGGAAGAACCCUCGACAAGCAAGGAACAGUACUGCACAGGCUCGAGCAAUUCUACAAUUUCAGACUCAGAUUUCAAUGGCCAGCCCUGCUAUAGCGCUGUCCUCUACGCCAAAUCCAAUAAUUGUAUCUGGAGAAGCUGGCCACGAGUUGCUUUCAACUGAGAAUGAUAUGAUUCUAUCCAGUUUAAUCACAAACGACAGAAAUGCACCAAAAUCGAGGAAAGGACGCAGUGACAGGGUAGCGACUUCCGUAUUGAGUGAUGACUCGUAUCUUCCCGUCAGCAAAGAGAGCGACAAACGAUGCAAACGCAAGAGAGGAGCGGACGGCGAUCUCUUCCAAAAGAGAGCAAAGGAAAAUCCGGCGGACGACAUCCCACGGAUGGAAUCGAAUUUGAAGAGUCAAACAGAGCUUGCGAAGGUGAAGGCUAUCGACUCUGAAACUGAAACUUAA